CUUUACUCUGGAUAAAAUAACUGGAGAUUUGAGUACGCGUUUAUGGCUGGACAGAGAAAACACACCUCUCCAUGACGGAACACAUCGAAUUCUUAUUGUGGCCAGAGAUCAUGGUCAGCCGUCUCACAGUUCAACCCUUAUUGUUCACAUUCACAUACUGGAUGUGAAUGACAACGUCCCGGUAAUCAGACUGGCUGGAGAGCAGUAUCGUUUGCUGGAUUUACAAGCCAUAGCUCACAACAUGACAGAGCAGAGCAAACGUCUGUGGGAAUUGGUGAAAACGGAAAGGUUGGACGAAGUAAACGAUCAUAACCAGGGUGUGAUAAAAUUAUCGGGCAGGCAUGACUCAGAGAAAAUACUUGCCACUCUCUUGGUUGUUGAUCCAGAUUUGCAGGAGAACAGUACAGUUACAUGUCAGUUCGAUGAACAAUUCAUCAUCUUUCGAUCAUCUGUAAAGAAAAAUUUCAAACUGAUCAAGAAAUAUUCGCAGAACAAACUGCUCAAAUUGCAACCUCUAUUAAUAUAUAGUGAUGAAGAAACACGCAGACGGAAUGGAAGUCUGAGAAUCCCGGAAAACAGUGCAGCAAAUUUGACCACUCCUGAGGACAAAAACUGGAAAGCAAUCAAAGAGAAGUCCUAUAUUAUUAAAACGACAACGGGAAAGGAGCAAAAUUUUAUAUCGAACCCAACACAGGGGUGGUAA